GACAUUGUGCUGUGAUUUAAACAUUAUGAAAACAGCUGUUUGUUCGGAUUUUAAAUCUUUUAAAUAACAUAAUCAAUUUUUUUUAAUGAAGAAUAAGAUAGACUAUGAAUAUUUUUGAAAUGUGGUAAAAGUACACAAGUUUGGAGAUUUUAAAUAUGAAGACAGAAGACUGAAAUAAUUUUGCGAUUCAGAAGUGGUCAUUAUAAAAAAAGAUUGCAUGUUAGAGUAAAGGUAAGAAAAGGAGUUGAACUAUCAAACUAUUUGAUGUAGAGAAAUGCUGAGAGAUAUUGGUUACGGAAUACUGUGUUUCCUGUCCAUUUCAACGUUUAUGACUGUCGUGUCUACAGAAUAUCAGAUUUGUAUUAAUAAGACAACUCCAAUGUUAACAGACGAACAGAGGUUGUAUAUGGUAUUAAUGAAUAAUUAUGAUAGCAAUACCAGACCAGUAUUUAAUGCUUCACAACCAGUUAACGUUACCAUUGGAAUUACACUAACACAGAUAUUUGAUGUGGACGAAAAGAAUCAAGUCAUAACUACAAAUAUAUGGCUAGAUCAGAGUUGGAUAGAUGAAAAGAUAAAAUGGGAUCCAAAAGACUAUAAUGGGUUAACAGUAUUAAGGAUGCCAUGUAAAAGUCUGUGGUUACCAGAUAUCGUUACAUACAACAGUGCUGAGGACUAUACUGAUGGUUAUAUGGAAGCGCUUGCUAUGGUAUCCCAUGACGGAUCGGUGUUCUGGCCUCCAAUUGUUAAACUCAGGAGUACAUGUUUUAUUGACAUCACAUACUAUCCUUUUGAUGAUCAGAUAUGUAAAAUGAAAAUGGGAUCAUGGGCAUACGAUGGAUUUCAAGUUGAUGUAUUUAAUAGUAAAAAGGGGAUCGACUUGUCGAAUUUUGUCAGUAAUGGCGAAUGGGAACUUGUAGGUGUCAAGUCGGUUCGAAAUGUUAUAACGUAUACAUGUUGCCCUGAACCAUUUCCGGAUGUUACGUUUAUGCUACAUAUUCGUCGAAGAACAUUGUACUACACAUAUAAUGUCAUAAUUCCAUGCAUUAUGUUAUCAAUACUCACUUUACUUGGAUUCUGGAUGCGACCUGACAGUGGUGAAAAGGUCACACUCGGAUUGACUGUGCUACUUGCCUUUUCUGUGUUUAUGUUACUUAUUGCAGACAAUAUGCCAGCCACAUCGAAUUUUGUUCCUUUAAUAGGGAUUUAUCUUACUACAGUGAUGAGUUUAACAUCAGUCUCUGUUAUAUUAGCUGUAGUGACAUCAAAUAUUAAUCAGAGAGGAUUUCGUGAAGUGGAUGUUCCGCGAUGGUUUCGAAAGUGUGUUAUUGGUUUAGGACGUGUAAUGUGUUUCCAAAUGAUACAUUUAACUAACGAAACUCCCGAGGAUAUACAAAUGAUCCCAUUACAUAUAAAAGGAUACACUCAUACAAUGAAGAACACAUUUUCAAACGAUUCUGGGUGUAGUUUGAUUGAAUAUGAAAAUGGCGACUGUCAUCUGAAUAAUCAGAAUCAGCAAAAUCAGCAAAAUCAAAAGAUGACUUCAACACAGUGUAAUACCAGAGAAGGUAACUGGGAACUUGAGGAGAUACUACGUCGAUUAAAAAUAUUAAUUGAUAAAGAUGAUGAAAAGGAUAGGGUUGAUUUUUAUUCCAAACGAUGGAUUGAAGCCGCUGAAGUCAUUGACAGGUUCUUUUUCAUUAUAUUCAUAAUCGGAACAACUUUAUCUUCUGUGCUACUUUUAGUUGUUAUGCCUAUGAUCAAAUCAGUCAGUAUCGAAGGCGAAAUUCCAGUUUUAUAGUUUGAUUCAGUUUUGCAUGAAAAUUGUGAUAUUAUUCCAUGUCUUCCACUUUACAUAACGUUAUGCUUUAUAAUACAUUGUAUCAAAUAUUUAAGAUAUGUUUUAAACUUAAAGUAUGCAAACAUCAGAUAAAAAGACACAUGCAUACGUAUACGUUAUUAUACAACAAUUGUGAUAUUCAUUAAUCGGUUUUUCGAUAAUGUUUUUAUUAAGUUACCUCUAGAUGAAAUAUUUUGGAAAUUGAUCCAAAAACAAAACUUGAAGAACUGAAUCUCCAAGAGAACUAUUAUUUUUUUUUUUGGGGACAUUUACAUUCCAACUUCCAAAGCUCUUCAUGGCAAAUAGACUCAUUAUAGAUACAUUGUACAGGAUUGAAAAAUUAAGUUUAAUUAUCCAUAUAGUGAGUUUGCUAAAUUAUUUGGAUCCAAUAUUGAGCAAACGUAUAGUAGAAUCUGGAUAGUAAUAUAUAAUUCUUAACGACAAUGUGAAGAUAUUAUUGUACUGGUAUAUAAAAUACAUAAAUAUGUUUUCUACUUAAGACUUUAAUCGACUUAAUUGGAAUUUUAAUUCAGAAAUCUAAUUUUAAUUCGUAUACAUUGCUAAGUAUGCAAAUGCAAACUACGAAAAACAUCUCUGUAAUCUUUGAACGUCGUCAACUAUGAAAAACACCCACCACUGUAUUAUACUUUUGUUUCGUUUUAAUCUGAAUUUGGGCGGUGGUUGGUGUAUGCUUAGCUGAAGACGGUCAUCUUGAUUCGAAUAUCAAAUAUGGAUUUUUGAGUUUUUAACAUCGGUAUUUUAGUGUUGCCUGUUAAUUAUUAUGGUUUCAUAAUACAUGCAACAGUAGUAUACCGCUGAUUAUUAGCCAUGCCAUUUCACAAAAAUAAAUCGAGGUAACAAUUUAAAACUGAGGGCAACACAUCAAUCAUAAGAGGAGGAAACAAUGGAACAAAAGAACGACUGAACUACAACAAAAGCACACACACAUAGAUGCGGAAUGAAGAUUACAACUGUCAUAUUCCUGGCUUUGACAGGAUAUAACAUUGAUAUAUAAAAAUGUACAAAAAACAUCGUCACACGACAGGAUAUGUUGCUUAAGGUGGUCUUUUAUAAAGAUGCUGAUUACUAUCUGUUUGCUUCAUACUGUUGUUUUGAUUUUACCAAAUCCAUCAUUAGAAAUGACAGAUUGUUGUCAAAUAUGUAUAAUAUUUAUCAUAUGUUUAUGCCAUGUCUAUGUCA